AUGCUUCAGACAUCAGCUCGGCCUCAACUGGAUCAACCCACCGGAGAUUGUCCCGCUUCUACCGAACUCUACCAGACUCCGCCUGACUCUGCCGGACUCUACCGGACUCUACCGGACUGCAGGUUUCUCAGGGCUCGGAGCGGCGGAGCAGGAGGAGCUGCAGGCGGAGGAGCAAGAGGUGGCGCCGUGCUGUGUCCUCUGCAGUGUGUGUGUGAGACGAGGCCGUGGUACACGCCUCAGUCCGUGUACCACCAGGCCCGGACAGUCGACUGCAACGAGCUGCACCUGCAGAGAGUCCCGGCCAACGUGUCCGCCGACACUCAGGUGCUGCUGCUGCAGAGCAACAACAUCUCCUCCAUCAGCACCGAGCUGCAGAGCCUGACCAACCUGACCGAGCUGGACCUGUCCCAGAACCACUUCACACAGGUGAGCUCUACGGGUCUGUCCUCACUGGGUCACCUGGUCACUCUGUACCUGGAGGAGAACCUCAUCGAAGAGCUGGAGGACUUCAGUCUGAGGAACCUGUCCAGUCUGGAAGAACUCUACAUCAAUCACAACCGGAUCUCCUCCAUCGGACCCAAAGCCUUCGCAGGACUCACCAACCUGCUGAGGCUCCACCUGAACUCCAACCGGCUGGUGGCCAUUGACAGUCGCUGGUUCGAGUCCCUGCCGUCCCUGGAGAUCCUGAUGAUCGGGGAGAACCCCAUCCUGGGUCUGGAGGAGAAGAACUUCCUGCCUCUGUCCCGCCUCCACAGCCUGGUUCUGGCCGGGAUGGGACUGGCCUCCGUCCCCUCCGCUGCCUUCCUGGGCCUGGACUACCUGGAGAGCCUCUCCUUCUGCGACAACCGGCUCAGGUCUGUUCCUCGGGACGCUCUGAGCGUGCUCCCUAACCUGAAGUUCCUGGAUCUGAACAGGAAUCCGAUCAGCCGAGUCCAGCAGGGAGAUUUCCAGAACCUUCCACACCUGGAGGAGCUCAGUCUAAACAACAUGGAGGAGCUGUUGGAUGGGGAGCGAGCUGCGUUCAAGAACCUUCCAGAAAUCGUAAAACUGGAACUCUGCAACAACCCACGACUGUCAUACAUCGACCCACAGGCCUUCAGUGACCUGUCCUCCCUCCGGACUCUCCUCCUCCACAGUAACCAGCUGAGCCUCCUCUCUGGAGACCUCCUCUCCUCCCUCUCCUCCCUGGAGGAGGUGUCUCUCCACUCUAACCCCCUGCGCUGUGACUGUCUCUCCUCCUGGGGCCCUCACCUCGGCAACCAAUCACAUCUCAGAAUUCUGGAGUCCUCCGUCACCCUCUGCUCCUCUCCGCCUCACCUGAUUGGUCGGGAGCUGCAGGAGGUGGUGGCGGUCGGGUGGGGCGGAGCCGACGUAGGCGGCGGGGGCGGGACCAACAGCUGCUUACCUCACAUCUCUCCUCACGCCUUCCCGCCUGCUCUGAAUGUCAGCGCUGGGCAGCCAAUCACACUGGAGUGCUGGGCGGACGCUGACCCCGCCCCCCAGUUCUACUGGGUGACGCCCACCGGAGACAAGGUGAGCUCAGAGGCCAUGGCUGCACCAAUCAUAUCAGAGGAGGGGCGUGGCCUGAGCAGGAAGAAGAAGCAUCGCGUGUCGGAGCCCGGAGCGCUGGUGAUCGAACACGCGGAGCCGUCAGACGCAGGUGUGUAUACCUGCGUGGCGUGGAACAUGGAGGGCGCCGACACAAAGAGCGUGUCCGUUUCCGUGGACUCUGUGGGCUGGUGGUGGAGCGAGGGCAGCCGGCCGGACUCCGAGCCCAGCAGGGAGCAGCCGUGGCGGGGGAACUGGUCUGCGGCGGCCUCGCUCGUGGUUCUGGCGAAGGUGGUCCACGCCCAGUCGGUGGUGUUGGAGUGGAAGUUGUAUCCCAGCAGAGGAGCCUCGUCUGCGGGUCAGAACCAGCAGGACUCCCCCCUCCCUCUGCCCCGCUGGAUCAGCGCCACCGUGCACAUCGACAACCCUCAGAUCAGCUACACGGCCCAGGUUCCUGUGGACGUUCAGGAGUACAACCUGACUCACCUCCUUCCUGCCACCGAGUACCACGUCUGCCUCACCUCUCCCAGCCCCUCCCCCUCCCCUGUCACUCCCUCCUCCUCCUCCUCCCCCGUCCACACUUCCUGUCUGAACGUCACCACGAAGGAGGCGGCGUUCUCGGUGGAGCUGGUGGCGUCGCAGCGCAGCAGCGUGGCGCUGGCGGCCGUCAUGGGCUCCAUGUUCGCUCUGUCCAUCAUGGCGCUGCUCGUCGUGUACAUGGGCCGCCGCGUGCAGCAGCACAAGUCGUGCGGACACUCGCUGAAGAAGUACAUCCAGCACGCCACGUCCAUCCCGCUCAACGAGCUGUCCCCGCCGCUCAUCACGCUGUGGGAGAGCGAGGCCGAGAAGGACAAGGAGGAGAGGGAGGCGGGGGAGAGAGGGGAGGCGGGGGGGAGUCAGAUCGACACCACAAAGACGUACAUGUGGUAGGACGCUCGAGGGAGUUUACGGAGGGACGAGGACGGAAAGACGAGAAACUGGACGGAUAGCAGCAGAGACAUGCAGGUCAUGUGACUCAGUGACGAGCCUGACAGGAAACUUUAAUAUAAAAAUCCUGUUUCACAAAGAAACAUCAAACAUGUUCAGACUUUUUAAAGUUUGAUUCAGUUUAUGAAUCAAACUGACCUUUGACCUUUGACCUGAGACUGAACCUGAAAACACUUCAUUCAUAAACUGAUGCUUUUAUUUUGAAACAUCUAAGAAUGCCGUUUUUUUAAUUUGAGGUGAAAACGAGUUCUUUUAGUUUCUGAUUUUAAAGAUAUUCUAAAAAAUAUAUUUAAACAAAGAUCAAAUCUGAUUUAAAGGAAAAAGCUGAAAUAUGAAAAAACACCAGAACCAGAACCAGAACUUUUCUCAGCGCUUCAUGAACAGCUGGACUUCAGGUCGAGGACGUGACACGUGGAGACUUCAGGCCUGCUGAGCUGUGAGUCCAGAUGUUUUGGACGUCUUUCCUCUCUUUGUCUUUCGUUCCUUUCAUUUUCUCGUCUGUCCUCCUCCCUCUCUCUCUCUGUCAAGCACACUGACAGUAGCUGUAUCUGAUUAUUGUAAUUUAGUUCACCUGAUGAACCUGAACGCAGCACGAACACAUGAAAUGUUUCACUUUAAAUCUUUUUGAAGUUAUUUAAAUGAUUUUACAGGACAGUGAGUCCACACGUCACACUGUAUGCAGACGAUGCACUGAAGCUUUUAUAUCAUUUUUAUAUACACACAUAUCUUUGAAAUAUGCUUCUACAGAUGGACCAGUGUAUUAUACAUAUUAUCAUAUAUAUUCAGCACCUUCAUAUAGUUUAAACAUAUUUAGUUCUCUGCAUGUAGAAUAAACAGAUUAAAGAAGAAUCACUGGGUUAACGUGUCAAACAGAAAGUCAUCUUUUCAAAUUUAAGUUCAAAACUUUCCAGAUUUUAUGAAUGUUUAAAAAUAUCAAAUCAUUUUCUAAAUGUUCAUGAUGAAAUAUUUCACAGCAAAGUUAUCAGGUUGUUUGGAGCUGAAACAAUUAGAGAUUAUUUAAAGAACUUUCACGUAGAGAAACCAACAAACCUCUCAGUGUGUUUGGAUCCAGAUCACGUCGACUGAUCAGCUGCAUAUUUUCAUAAAAACGGAAACUUCGACUCUGACUGAAGCUCAGAAUCUGUUUCUAUGCCGACGAUUCACCGUUUUCUAAAGUUUGCUCGGUUCACAGACGAAACGUUUCCUGUCGUGUUCACGUCGAGUUUUCACUUUGAGUCACUUUGCAUGAACUGGAUCUUUAAUCCUCCACAAAUCUUCUUCAGCACAGCAUGAAUCCUGUCAGAUCACGGUGACAGUCCUCCGUCCGGAUUCAGGUCUCAUAGUCACCAUAGAAGAAGUCCAGCUUCAUGGACGGUGACCACGUCGUGUUUAGAGUUUAACCUGUAACAGUUUGUAGCUGUAGAUGACGAUGCACUGCUGGAGGUGGAGGUGGAGGUGGGUGGUGCUGCAUGCCUUUGCACUCAUAUUUAGGACUGUUUGUAUAAACCGACCUGCUGUCACUGUAGAUACAAAGAUUCAUAUUAGUAUUAUUAUGAUUUUCAUCAGCUGAUGAAAAUCAUAAAUCUGACACGCUGACAUAAUAAUAUAAUCACAUAAUAAUAUAAUAUAUCACAGAUGGUUUCUUAAUUAAACUCCCUCGUUACGGCACAGUUAGCUCAUCACUUUCUAAAACUAUAUUUGGACAGGAAACGACUGACUGAUCCAAUAA